GAGAAAGUAGGUGUGAUAAAUGGGUGUGGGUGAGGGAUUUUAGGCUAAAAAAAAUUAUAAAUCUUUCCCAUUAGUAAAAGUUGGAGAAAGAUGUUUGGUCAAUUUUCCUAGAACUAAAAUUAAAGAUUUAUAAAAGUUAAAUUUAUUAUUAUUUUCAUUAAUUUUCUCAAUUUUGUAUGGAAAAAUUACAAAUGAGUGUAUGUUUUCAAAAAUAAUUGUGUACUACUACAGUCUGUACUCCUCUCUUCCUCUCUCUCACUCACUCUCAGGCUCUAUCUCUCUCGAUCUCUCCUCUCAGACACACAGUGACAGAGUUUGAAGAAGAUGUUAAGAAGAAGAGUUUCUGUUUCUUCGAUUAUUGGACGAAGAAGAAGAAGAAUUGCCGAUCAUAAUUGUCAAAAAGGUACAAUAUUUCCCUCUCUAAUUAAUCAUCCCUCUUCUUUCUUAUUUGUUCUGUUUCGUUGUUCUCUCUCUACUACUACCCGAAACCCUAAAACUUCACCAACACUGCGAUGCAAUGAUCUCCAAGACGCUGUAAAUUCGUUCAAUCGCAUGAUCCAAAUGCGACCUUUCCCCUCCAUUUCUCAAUUCAACAAAGCUGUAGGUCCUCUUUUGAAAAUGGGUCAUUACGACCUUGCACUUCCUCUUAUUGGGAAAUUGCAUUUUCUAGGCAUUCAGGUCGAUAUCUGCACCUUUAACAUUGCUAUUAACUGUUAUUGCCGCCUGAAUCAAGUCCAUUUUGGGUUCUCUCUUUUGGGUACCCUCUUCAAACGCGGUUAUACACCUGAUGUAACUACCUUCAACACUCUGUUAAAUGGACUUAUUUUGGAUGAUAAAACCCCUGAAGCUGUAGCGUUAUUUAAGAAAUUAAUGAGAAUGAGAGAAAUUGAACCCGAUGUGGUUAUGUAUGGAACCAUUGUUAAUGGGCUCUGCAGAACGGGGAACACUAUCAGGGCUGUUAGUUUGCUUAGGAUAAUGGAAGAGGGAAGCUGUAAACCUGACACCAUAGUGUAUAACACGGUCAUUGACAGUCUUUGCAAGGAUAGAAUGGUGGAUGAUGCUUUGAAACUCUUUUCUAAGAUGAAUGAACAUGGCAUUCUUCAAGAUGUUGUCACUUAUACCUCUUUGAUUCAUGGCCUAUGUAAUUUUGGCUGGUGGAAGAAGGCUACCGGAAUGUUUAGAAAAAUGUUGGAUAGUGGUAUUGCUCCGAAUGUUCAUACGUAUAGUGUGUUGCUGGAUGCAUGUACCAAGGAAGGGAAGAUGAAAGAGGCAGAGGUGGUACUUGAAAUCAUGAUACAAAGAGGUGUGGAUCCUAAUAUAGUCACAUACAAUGCUCUAAUGGAUGGAUAUUGUUUGCAAGGCGACAUCGAUGAAGCAAUGAGAGUGUUCAAUACAAUGGUGGAUAGGGGACUUCACCCUGAUGUUUUUAGCUAUACCAUUCUAAUCAAUGGAUAUUGUAAGAAAAUGAAAAUAGAUGAGGCUAUGCAUCUCUUUCGAGAAAUGCCUCGGAGGGGGUUGCAACCUAACACCGAAACCUUCAGUGCUAUGCUACAGGGUUUGUUUCGAUCAAGUAGAUGUGGAGCUGCUCAAAAACUUUUUAAUGAUAUGCAAACUGCAGGCAUAAAUCUAGAUUCUCAAACUUAUGGUAUCUUAUUGGAUGGGUUGUGCAAAAAUGGGCAUAUUUCUGAAGCAUUGUCAUUAUUCCACAUGAUGGAAAGCAAGGGUUUACUUCUUGAUAUUGUUAAGUAUAAUAUCCUCAUUGAUGCAUUCUGCAAGGAUAAAAAGUUUGACACUGCAAGGGCCAUUUUUAGUUACCUUUCUUCCAAGGGAUUACAACCUGAUGUUAAGACAUACACUAUCAUGAUACAAGGUCUUUGUGAAGAAGGCCUACUACAUGAAGCUAAAGAGUUGUUUGUUAAAAUGGAACAUAAUGGUUGCUUGGCAGAUGAUGUCACUUACAACACUAUUAUCCGAGGAUUUAUUGGACAACACAAGUGCUAUGAGGCAUUAAUACUUGUUGAGGAAAUGGUUCAAAGGGGUUUCUCAGCAGAUGCAUCCACUUUUCUUUUGAUUGUGGAUAUACUCUCAACUAAAGGACAAGAUCCCGCUCUUCGAGAAGUGAUAAAGAAGUUCAUGCCAAAAGAUAAUCAUGGAAUGCAUGAUAUUGAGUAAAUUUUUUAAGCUGUGAAGAUCCGAAGUCAUGCCCAAAAAUACUUUUGAAGGUCCAAAAAAAUGGGACUAUAGCACAUGUGCCACCACCUUUACCUAAGCGCAAAGCUGCUCAUCCUUACCUGCAAAAGGCACCAAAAAAUGUUUUAGCACCAUUGCAAGCUUUCAU